AUGUAUGCCGGAUUUACUAGUCAACCGGUCUUAGCCGACGAAGUCCAAACUUUUAAAGCGCUGAUCACGGUACACAAGGUUCUACAGGAAGGCCAUCCGAUAACAGUUAGGGAAGCGCAGGCGCAUGUUGGCUGGUUGGAUUCUUUGAGCAGAGGUGUAGCGGGGGAAGGACUUAGAGGCUACGGAUCAUUGAUUAGGGAGUAUGUGCACUUUUUAUCAUCAAAGCUGACAUUUCACCGCAACCAUCCCGAAUUCAAUGGUCUAUUCGAAUAUGAGGAAUAUAUUAGUCUUAAAACUAUAAAUGAUCCGAAUGAAGGUUAUGAAACCAUUACAGACCUCAUGAAUCUCCAGGAUCAAAUCGAUUCCUUCCAGAAACUCAUUUUUUCACACUUUCGACAUAGCACCAAUAAUGAGUGUAGGAUUUCGGCAUUGGUGCCGCUUGUUCAAGAGAGUUAUGGAAUAUAUAAAUUCAUAACGAGCAUGUUGCGGGCAAUGCAUACGACUACUGGAGAUGAAGACGCACUGGAGCCUCUACGGAAUCGCUAUAAUGCGCAGCAUCAUAGACUUGUUCAUUUUUAUUACGAAUGUUCCAACCUUCGUUACCUUACUAGCUUGAUCACUGUUCCGAAACUUCCCCAACAACCACCGAGCCUCCUUGCAGAAGAUGAGGUACGACCUGCUCUGCCUAAGCGACCAGACAGGGAAGUUGAGCGCGAGCCUAGCCCACCCCUCAAAUCAUCUGUUCCUGACCCAGAGCCCAUCAAUGAUUUCUGGUCUGCCGAGGCUAAACGACAACAAGAGGAGUUCGAAAAUGAACAACUACGGCUCCAAAAGCAAUGGGAAGAACAGCAACGUCAGCAAUUACUUGCCCAACAGCAAGCCCAGAGGGAUUUCGAGGAGCAACAACGACUACAGGCUGAACAGCAAAGACUAGCGCGGGAACAGCUGCUACAAACCCAGUAUCAGCAGCAGACGCAAGGCCGGCUAGCCGAGCUGGAACAGGAGAAUCUCAACGCACGCGCGCAGUACGAACGGGAUCAGCUCAUGCUUCAGCAGUACGAUAAGAGGAUCAAGGAUUUAGAAGAACAGCUCAAUCAGCUGAAUGCAAAUUUUAACAUGCAAACCCAAUCCAAAGAUGACCAAAUACGGGCGCUGCAGGAGCAGGUCAAUGCCUGGCGCACGAAAUAUGAAGCCCUGGCGAAGCUCUACUCUCAGUUGCGGCAAGAACAUCUUGAUCUUUUACAGAACACAAAAGCCCUGAAGCUCAAAGCGGCGUCUGCGCAAGAGGCCAUCGAUAGGCGGGAGAGGCUUGAGCGUGAGAUGAAGACGAAAAAUCUGGAGCUGGCAGACAUGAUCAGAGAACGGGAUCGAGCGUUGCAUGAAAAGGACCGCAUUGCCGGUGGGAAUCGGGAGGAAGUCGAGAAGCUUAAGCGGGAGCUUCGUCUUGCUAUCGAGAGAGCCGAAAAUGCUGAACGGUCUAAGGGCUCUGAGAUUUCUACCCUUCUCUCCAAGUACAACCGCGAGAUGGCUGAUCUUGAGGAGGCGCUCCGGAAUAAAACACGCGCCCUGGAUGAGAUUCGAGCAAAUAAUGGUGAAAAAGACGAAGACUAUGAAAAGGCCCUUCUGGAGAAGGAUGAGGAAGUUGAAGUGUACAAGUCUGGAAUGGAGCAAGCCCUUAUGGAGUUGGAAGAGUUGAAACUAAACCAAGGAGAUGCUGACCGUGCUCUCGACACCCAAAUUGAUGACGUGCUCCAUAACUCUGUCGCGAAGAUCAACGACAUUAUCGACUCUGUUCUUCAAAGUGGAAUUCAGCGGGUGGACGAUGCUCUCUACGAACUUGAUUCGACGAUGCAAGCCGGGAAUCAAAACGCCUCCCCGUCUUACGUCCUUUCACAGAUCGAAAAGGCUUCCUCCAGUGCAACAGAGUUCUCCACUGCAUUUAAUAACUACAUUGCAGACGGACCAAACAGCGCGCACUCUGAAAUCAUCCGAACUGUCAGCAUAUUCUCAGGAUCCAUUGCGGAUGUGCUCAGCAACUCCAAGGGUUUGAUUAGAUUUGCUACUGAUGAUAAGAAGGCCGAUCAACUGUUGGGUGCUGCGAGACAAUCUGCACUAUCCACCGUGAAGUUUUUCCGCGGUCUACAAUCGUUCCGCCUAGAAGGACUGGAACCUCUACAGAAGACAGACGUAGUAAUCAACAACAACCAUGAAGUCUUGAUGAAUUUACAGAAGCUCUCUAAAAUUGUCGACGCUUUCUCUUCGAAGAGCAGCAAGCUUACUGGCACUGGUGAUUUGGGAGACAUUGUGGAUCGCGAGCUUACGAAUGCAGCCAACGCGAUCGAAGCUGCUGCCCAAAGACUCGCCAAAUUAAAGAAGAAGCCGCGCGAGGGCUACUCCACCUACGAGCUUCGCAUCCAUGACUCCAUCCUGGAAGCGUCUAUUGCUGUAACUACGGCGAUUGCAGAGCUAAUUAAAGCCGCCACUGCAUCCCAACAAGAGAUCGUCAGGGAGGGCCGCGGAAGCUCAUCAAGGACCGCAUUCUACAAGAAAAACAAUCGCUGGACGGAAGGGUUGAUCUCUGCUGCCAAGGCCGUCGCAACUUCAACUAAUACCCUAAUCGAGACAGCAGAUGGUGUCAUAUCCGGACGCAACUCGCCGGAGCAGCUAAUCGUGGCCAGUAAUGAAGUUGCUGCCAGCACGGCACAGCUCGUUGCCUCCAGCCGGGUUAAAGCAACCUUCAUGAGCAAGACGCAGGAUCGACUGGAAACUGCCAGUAGGGCUGUAGGCGCCGCAUGCAGGAGUCUGGUGCGCCAGGUGCAGGCCAUCAUAGCGGAAAAGAAUCGUGAUGAGACCGAGGCAGUCGACUACACGAAACUCAGUGGUCAUGAGUUUAAAGUUCGCGAGAUGGAGCAGCAGAACAGGAGCCACAACACUCUUGUUCUGACCCUACUUUCUUAUUUCCAAGCCGGUGUUCUGGAAUGA